CCCUCUCUCCUAUUUGCAUUUGCACGGUUGAAAGAUUCCCUUGGCGGCUUGUUCAAAACGCAAGGGCGAACUCGUGAUUUAGCGAAUUCAUGGCCGACGGCGACUCUAGCUCGUCGGAUAUCUCCGGAGGCGGCGUUGGAUUUGGCGGAGCGAGGAAGGAGAUCAUGCUGUUCGGCGUUAGGCUUGUGGUUGAUCCGAUGAGGAAGUGUGUGAGUUUGAACAAUCUAUCUGAGUAUGAGCAACCGGAGGAGAUGCCGAAGAAGAUCGGCGGGGAAGAUGGUGACGGAGAACAGAAGAACAAGGUGGAUAUUGCCACUGGUUACGCGUCCGCCGACGACGCCGUUCCGAUUUCGUCUUCUUCUGGUGGAAAUCGCGAGCGUAAACGAGGAAUUCCAUGGACUGAGGAAGAGCACAAGCUGUUCUUGCUUGGAUUACAGAAGGCCGGGAAAGGUGAUUGGAAAGGAAUCUCCAGGAACUUCGUGAAGACUAGAACGCCUGCUCAGGUGGCGAGCCACGCUCAGAAAUAUUUCCUUAGGCAAAGCAACCUCAAUCGACGUCGACGGAGAUCUAGCCUCUUUGACAUGACCACUGAAACGGUCAAAAUGCCCAUGGAGGAACAUCAGCUCCUUACUCAGGAGAAUUCAACUGCAAUCCCGUUACUGAACCCGACGCACGGUCCGACUUCACAUUGGGCACCAUUCAAUCUAAACACGGAUCGAAAUCCGGGCUUGAGUUUUCCACCCAUCUCCCUCAACCUCUCUCUGGCCUCGCCCUGUCUGAAGGAUCCAUCCUCGAAUCCUUCGGCUUUCGAGAUGAUGCCCAGAUUCAGCGGCGGAGAUAGCAGUAGCAGCAUCAUCGAUGUCGCUUAGAGCCAAGGUGAAUCGGCAAAGGACCUGCUUUCUUUGUUGUACAGAUAAGGUUACAAAAUCAAAACAACUCGCCCGUGGAUUUAUCUCUCUUCGUGCUCGCGUAAUUUAUAUAUUCUACUGGAUCUGAUGAAAGGGGUUAGGGCUGUCUUGUUUUUAGUUGUGAUGGAAGUUAUAAUACGAAGUUAUCGCUGUUCUUAGCUUCUUAGUCAGUGUCAGUUUAGGAUAUGUCAAUCUCAAAAUCUGACGGUCCAUUUUCAUUCUCGUAAUAUGUAAUGUAAUAUGUAAAUUGGGCCUUGAUUUAGUAAUUUAUGUCAAAUAAUGUGCGUGGUGAAAGGUGUUCGAUAUGUGUAUUAAAUCUGUUAAUUAUAGUUGGGGAUGA